GACCUCCAACACAUGAUCAGUACAAAUCCAAAUCUGCUGCAGGUCUGAUGGUGGCAUGACGAGGAUAAUGCUAACCAAACGGAUAUCCCACCUGAUCCCAACUAAAUAACUUGUUGUUUGACUUACUCAUGGGGAAUUGCAGGGUUUGGUCAUCCAGCUCCCUUGGGGAUUAUAACCUGGCACACCGAGGGUAUAAAUAGAGAAGGCGCGCACCUCUCUGCUCAGUCUUAACCCGCAGUCCCUUUACGCACGGAUCAGGCUUUCAGACGAGGACAUAGCAGCGUUACAGGAGAGAGAAGCAGCCAAGGCUCAUCGGGUACAUUCUACUAUACUAUUAUUUUGUCUUCUUGGGGGAAAACACAAUUAUAUGUCGGUCAUGAGCGCAGUGCCGUUCAUGAGGCCGCUCCACAUGCCCUCUCCGGGGUCGCAGGGCCGCCGCCACACGCUGCCAGCCAGCGAGUUUCGCUCCCUCAGCCCGGAGGAUGCCAUUAGUGUGUUCGAGAUCGAGAGAGAAGCCUUCAUCUCAGUGUCCGGCGAGUGUCCUCUUCACCUGGACGAGGUGCGUCACUUCCUUACCCUGUGCCCUGAGCUGUCUCUUGGCUGGUUCGAGGAGGGACGUCUGGUGGCUUUCAUCAUCGGCUCACUGUGGGACCAGGAGAGACUUACUGAGGAUGCCCUCACUCUCCACAAGCCUCAUGGGAUGACCGUUCACAUCCACGUCCUGGCCGUCCACAGGACUUUCCGGCAGCAGGGCAAAGGCUCCAUCUUGAUGUGGCGCUACCUGCAGUACCUGCGCUGCCUGCCAUACGUCCGCCGUGCAGUGCUCAUGUGUGAAGACUUCCUGGUCCCCUUCUACAGGAAGACAGGCUUCAAGGUGCAGGGCCCAAGUCAGAUCAGGGUGGGACCCCUUGCAUUCAUUGAAAUGAUGUUCCCGGUCAGGGGCCACGCCUACAUGCGACGUAACAGCGGUUAUUGAGGACAGAUUGACUUCAUGUGGAUUCUUCCUGAAUCCCCUCUUGGACCUAGCACUAGGGGACAUCUAAGCAGCUUCCAGCAGCAGCAGUGUUUGUGAUCAUCACUGUGAAUAAGCCCUGACUGCGAGUCUGCAGACAGCUGAGUACAAAGAGCCGCCUUCCAGCUGCAAAUGACAGCAUUGUGGAAAAGUGGUCUAAAACAAAAAAUACAAGAAAAAAACAACAACUAUUCAUUACUAAGUCCUGAACGAAUGUAAGCACUUAUUUAAUAUGUAUUUAACAUUAAUAAUUUACUAAAUGUAAUAUUGUAUUCAAUAGAACACAGCUGCCUUGUCUUUUUGUUAGCCAUCUUUUUUAUAUAUUUAUUAUAUAACCAAUAUAACAUGGCUUCCGGCUCUCUAACCAAAUACACUUUUUUUGUCAUUAAGUAUAUGCCCAUAACUAAUUCAUUCUGCCCUUUAUGGUUUGGUAAAAACGUCAUGCCUUCCACAGCUUUUGAAGAUUACUGUAUAUGUGACACUUUGUUUAACUAUGAUGAUGACUUUGAAGGUGAAUUGCCAAAGUGAACAGCUAACUUUCAAAGCCUACGGAAUAAAGACACAAAAGGGAGUGAUAUCAUUUCAAUUUAGUAACUUAGACACAUGUAUCUAUUUUAUAUUUGAUUGGUCUGUCUAUCUCUAUCAGUGAUGUGUUGUAUGUACACAUAAAAUCACUAAUGCAAUAACAAAUUGAAGUUUUCAGAAUGUUUAUGCUUUCAAAAUAUCUCCUUGAUAGCCUCCUCUUGCCUUCCCCCUCAUAGACAAUCACCACCUCUGCCUCCCUAAGUCUUGAAUCAAGACAACUACGUUUUUAUUUACAAUGUUUUGUUCUUCAUAUAAUAAAGGUUCUA